AUGAACCGUGCCAUCCUUCUUCUUCUUGCAUUGCUUGUAUGUGUCUCUGGAAGACACUACGUCCAUCACCGUCAUCAUCAUCACCAUCAUCACAAGAGACAUACCAUCAGCCUCACGAAGCAGGCAACUUUGAGAGAAACUUUGGUGAAAAGCGGAUCUUAUGAUACGUUUGCGAAACAUCGAUCAUCCUACGGCAAGAAACUGGCUCAUAAAUAUGGAUUCGAGCGCUAUGAGAAAAAUUCAAAGGAACUUCGAGAAAUCGAUGAAUUGUUGAGAAACUAUAUGGAUGCUCAAUACUUUGGAACAAUUUCAAUCGGAACUCCAGCUCAAAACUUCACCGUGAUCUUUGAUACUGGAUCGUCGAACUUGUGGAUUCCGUCGAAGAAAUGCCCAUUUUAUGAUAUUGCUUGCAUGCUUCAUCACCGUUAUGACUCCAAGGCCUCCUCAACCUACAUCGAAGAUGGUAGAAAAAUGGCGAUUCAAUACGGAACGGGUUCUAUGAAGGGAUUCAUUUCCAAGGACAAAGUUUGUGUUGCUGGAAUUUGUGCUGAUGAUCAACCAUUCGCUGAAGCCACUAGUGAGCCCGGAAUCACUUUUGUUGCUGCCAAAUUUGAUGGAAUUCUUGGAAUGGCUUAUCCGGAAAUCGCUGUUCUUGGUGUCACUCCGGUCUUUAAUACUCUUUUUGAGCAAAAGAAAAUCCCAUCCAACGUCUUUGCUUUUUGGCUGAAUAGAAACCCAGACUCCGAACUUGGAGGAGAGAUUACGAUUGGUGGUAUCGAUUCAAAACGUUAUGUCGAACCAAUUGUCUACACUCCUGUCACUCGCAAGGGUUACUGGCAAUUUAAAAUGGACAAGGUUAUUGGGGAGAACGUCCUUGGAUGCUCUGCUGGUUGCCAAGCUAUCGCCGACACUGGAACUUCAUUGAUCGCCGGCCCAAAAAACCAAAUUGAGGAGAUUCAAAAUUUUAUUGGAGCUGAGCCUUUGAUGAAAGGAGAAUACAUGGUCCCAUGUGACAAAGUUCCAUCCCUUCCAGAUGUUAAAUUUGUCAUUGCUGGCACCGAAUACACGCUUCAAGGUCAUGACUACAUUUUGAACGUUACAACAGCUGGCAAAUCCAUCUGUCUUUCCGGAUUCAUGGGUAUCGAUUUGCCAGAAAGCGUUGGAGAACUCUGGAUUCUCGGCGACGUUUUUAUUGGAAGAUAUUACACUGUUUUCGACUUUGCUGAGAAUCGUGUUGGAUUUGCUCAAGCUCGCGCUGAAGACGGCGUACCAGUAAGACCACGUCCGCGUGAAUACCUCAAGCGGUUCCCGGAAUACAGCACGAAAUCAUCGGAAAUCCAAGACGAUAUGAUUAACUAA